GAGGAGGGGCCCGAGAGUGGGGCGGCCGGCGGCAGCCGCCUCCGUGACGACUGCCGGCAGCGCGGCGACCUGAGGAGACCAAGCCGCGGGCCCCGCCGCCGCCGCCACCGCUCCCUGUUGUCUUCUUUCUCCUCUCUCGGCGGGGGCGUCAGGAAUGGGCCCCAGCUGCCGCGGGCCCCGCACCGCGCGCCGCCCGUAGGCCCCGGCAGUGGGGAGGCCGGCCGCCUGACCUCUCACCACCCCUUCGAUCUAGCCAAGCCGUCCCCACCCCAAAUCCCCGGGAAGGAAGAUGAGGGACACGGGCCCGGCGCUCAGCAGCCAGAGCAGCAGCAGCAGCGGUCGGGGGAGGGUGUUUCGCCGUUUCCUCUCAGCCGCCAGGACAAGAUGGCAGCGGCCGCGGAGAGGGGCUGAGCCCGGUCUGGGUGGUGCCGCCUGCUGAAGCGCCUGGCUCCCUGUCCCCGACACGGCCCCGCACCCACCCCGGACAUGCUCAGGGCUGCGGCCGCCCGAAGAGGGGAGAGCGCAGGCCUCUAGGAAGAACUUCCUGAAGCACAGGAUUUCUUGAUGCCAUUGUGAAAGAUCAUCCUCAGUUCAUAAGGUAUGGCCUCACAAGUCUUGGUCUACCCACCGUAUAUUUAUCAAACUCAGUCAAGUGCCUUUUGUAGUGUGAAGAAACUCAAAGUAGAGCCAAGCAGUUGUGUAUUCCAGGAAAGAAACUAUCCACGGACCUAUGUGAAUGGUAGAAACAUUGGAAAUUCUCAUCCUCCCACGAAGGGUAGUGCUUUUCAGACAAAGAUACCAUUUAACAGACCUCGAGGACACAACCUUUCAUUGCAGACAAGUGCUGUUGUUUUAAAAAGCACUGCGGGUGCUACAAAGGUUAUAGCAGCUCAGGCGCAGCAAACUCAAGUGGAGGCACCUCAGAUUGGGGCGUGGCGACACAGGUUGAAUUUCCUAGAAGGCCCCCAGCGAUGUGGAUUGAAGCGCAAGAGUGAGGAGUUGGAUAAUCAUAGCGCAAUGCAGAUUGUGGAUGAGUUGUCCAUACUUCCUGCAAUGUUGCAAACCAACAUGGGAAAUCCAGUGACAGUUGUGACAACUACCACAGGAACAAAACAGAAUUGUACCACUGGGGAAGGUGACUAUCAGUUAGUACAGCAUGAAGUCUUAUGCUCCAUGAAAAAUACCUAUGAAGUCCUUGAUUUUCUUGGUCGAGGCACUUUUGGCCAGGUAGUCAAAUGCUGGAAAAGAGGGACAAAUGAAAUUGUAGCAAUCAAAAUUUUGAAGAACCACCCUUCUUAUGCACGUCAAGGUCAGAUAGAAGUGAGCAUACUAGCAAGGCUCAGUACUGAAAACGCUGAUGAAUAUAACUUUGUACGAGCUUAUGAAUGCUUUCAGCACCGUAACCAUACUUGUUUAGUCUUUGAGAUGCUGGAACAAAACUUGUAUGACUUUCUGAAACAAAAUAAGUUCAGUCCUCUGCCACUAAAAGUGAUUCGACCCAUUCUUCAGCAAGUGGCCACUGCACUGAAAAAAUUGAAAAGUCUUGGUUUAAUUCACGCAGACCUCAAACCAGAGAAUAUUAUGUUGGUGGAUCCUGUUCGACAGCCAUAUAGGGUUAAAGUAAUAGACUUCGGGUCUGCCAGUCAUGUAUCAAAGACUGUUUGUUCAACAUAUCUGCAAUCUCGGUACUACAGAGCUCCAGAGAUUAUAUUGGGGUUGCCAUUUUGUGAAGCCAUAGACAUGUGGUCACUGGGAUGCGUGAUUGCAGAAUUAUUCCUUGGAUGGCCUCUCUACCCAGGAGCCUUGGAGUAUGACCAGAUUCGAUACAUUUCUCAGACUCAAGGUUUACCAGGAGAACAGUUGUUAAAUGUGGGUACAAAAUCCACAAGAUUUUUUUGCAGAGAAACAGAUAUCUCUCAUUCUGGUUGGAGAUUAAAGACACUGGAAGAACAUGAGGCUGAGACAGGAAUGAAGUCUAAAGAAGCCAGAAAGUACAUAUUCAACAGUCUGGAUGAUAUAGUGCAUGUGAACACAGUGAUGGAUUUGGAAGGAAGUGAUCUUUUGGCUGAGAAAGCUGAUAGAAGAGAAUUUGUUAGUCUGUUGAAAAAAAUGUUGCUGAUUGAUGCAGAUUUAAGAAUUACUCCAGCAGAGACUUUGAACCAUGCUUUUGUUAAUAUGAAACAUCUUCUAGAUUUCCCGCAUAGCAACCAUGUAAAGUCCUGUUUUCAUAUUAUGGAUAUUUGUAAGUCCCAUCCGAAUUCAUGUGACACAAAUAAUCACAAUAAAACUUCACUCUUGAGACCAGUUGCUCCAAGCAGUACUGCUAAUCUGACAGCAAAUUUUACUAAAAUUGGCACAUUAAGAAGUCAGGCAUUAACCACAUCUGCUCAUUCAGUUGUGCACCAUGGGAUUCCUCUGCAGGCUGGAACUGCUCAUUUUGGUUGUGGUGAUGCUUUUCAGCAGACACUGAUUAUCUGUCCACCAGCUAUUCAAGGUAUUCCUGCAACACAUGGUAAACCCACUAGUUAUUCAAUAAGGGUAGAUAAUACAGUACCCCUUGUAACACAGGCCCCAGCCAUGCAGCCACUACAGAUCCGACCAGGAGUUCUUUCUCAGACAUGGUCUGGUAGAACACAGCAGAUGCUGGUACCUGCCUGGCAACAGAUAACACCCAUGGCUCCUGCUACUACAUUAGCUUCUGAGGGUAUGGCUGGUUCACAAAGGCUUGGAGACUGGGGGAAAAUGAUUUCACACAGCAAUCAUUAUAGCUCAGUGAUGCCACAACCUCUUCUAACCAAUCAGAUCACCUUAUCAGCCCCUCAGCCAAUUAGUGUGGGCAUCGCACAUGUUGUGUGGCCUCAGCCUGCCACCACCAAGAAAAAUAAACUGUGCCAGAACAGGAGUAAUUCAUUGCAGAAUACCAAUAUCCCACAAUCAGCAUUUAUUUCUCCAAAGAUAGUAACUGGGAAAGAUGUUGAGGAAGCAAGUUGCAUAGAAACACAGGACAAUCAUAACUCAGAAGGAGAGGCAAGAAAUUGUUGUGAAACUUCUAUCAGGCAGGACUCUGAUUCAUCAGUUUCAGAUAAACAGCGGCAAACCAUCAUCAUCGCUGACUCCCCGAGUCCAGCGGUGAGUGUGAUCACCAUUAGCAGUGACACUGAUGAGGAAGAGUCGUCACAGAGACAUUCGCUCAGAGAAUGUAAAGGUAAUCUGGAUUGUGAAGCUUGCCAGAGCACUUUGAAUAUUGAUCGGAUUUGUUCAUUAAGUAGUCCUGAGAGUACUCUGAGCACCAGCUCCUCAGGGCGGUCCAGCCCAUCCCCUUGCAAGAGACCGAACAGUAUGUCAGAUGAAGAACAGGAAAGUAGUUGUGAUACUGUGGAUGGCUCUCCAACAUCAGACUCUUCAGGACAUGACAGUCCGUUUGCAGAGAGCAGUUUUGUGGCAGAUACUCAUCAAAAUACAGAACUGGUAACCUCUGCUGACACAGAAACCAAACCAGCUGUUUGUACUGUUGUGGUGCCACCAAUGGGACUAGAAAAUGGAUUAAAUGCCGAUGAGCAUAUGGCAAACACAGAUUCUGUAUGCCAGCCAUUAAUAAAAGGACGAUCUGCUCCUGGAAGAUUAAACCAGCCUUCCGCAGUAGGUAAUCGUCAGCAAAAAUUGACAUCAGCAUUCCAGCAGCAGCAUUUGAAUUUCAGUCAGGUUCAGCACUUUGGAUCUGGGCAUCCAGAGUGGAAUGGAAACUUUGGACAUCGAAGGCAGCAAGCUUAUAUCCCUACUAGUGUUACUAGUAAUCCAUUCACUCUUUCUCAUGGAAGUCCUAAUCACACAGCUGUGCACGCCCAUCUGGCUGGAAAUACGCACCUCGGAGGACAGCCUACUCUACUUCCAUACCCGUCAUCAGCUGCCCUCAGCAGUGCUGCCCCAGUGGCCCACCUCUUAGCCUCUCCGUGUACCUCAAGACCUAUGUUACAGCAUCCAACUUAUAAUAUCUCCCAUCCCAGUGGCAUAGUUCACCAAGUCCCAGUGGGCAUAAAUCCCCGUCUGUUACCAUCCCCAACCAUUCAUCAGACUCAGUACAAACCAAUCUUCCCACCACAUUCUUACAUUGCAGCAUCACCUGCAUAUACUGGAUUUCCACUGAGUCCAACCAAACUCAGCCAGUAUCCAUAUAUGUGAAAAUUCAAAAGAGUAUAUUGAGGAAGCUCAAUGAUAUAAACAUUUGAUUAAAAAUAAAACAUGGUAUUUAAUAAAUAUUAGCCAUGGCACAAGAAAAUUAUUUUUGAAUCAUGUAGACUUGGGUGCAAUUUAAACAACUUUGAGCUUUAAAAAAAAACUCACUUUUAAUGUGUUUUGCACAUUUGGUAUAACUUGUCUUUGGUCAUGUUAUCUUCUUAUGUAGUAACUCUAGGCAGGUGACUUAUGGGAGCAGAAGUCCAGUUUUGCUCCCGCUAUUUUUUAUAAAAUUGCCUUCUAACUAGUGCAAGACACGUCUAUAUUUGGGAAGCCAUUCUGUGUACAGACUUAGAGCAACAGAUGCACAUAUGUCAGAAUUACAGCAUACAAGUGAAUUGUAUUAUCUGUGUCUUAGUGUAUAAAUGUUGGGUCACUUACCUAAGAAAUUGAGCUAUUGUUCUUUACAUUUGCAUGUGUCUUUGCAUGGGCAAAAUGUUGCCUAGACUUUGCUCUUAAAUGUUGUUCUAAUAAUCUCAGCUGCAUUGUAAACCGUUCCCACACAUAGUGCCUUAAAUAUUUGAGGUUGUUAAUGUUAUUACUAUAUAUAAAUGUUGAGGACUGCAGCACUUAAAGUUCAGACUUACUCUUUAGUUUCCUUUGAUGGAGUAAUGUUCAUUUUUGGUUUUGUGUGGUAUGAUUUCAGGUUGUUGCUGUUUUUUCCUUACUAAGAGGGCAGCAUGUUUGCUAUAGCUGAAUUCUGCUGUCUUGAUUUUUCAGAAUGAUCUAGCUUCAAGAAAAGCAAGCAGGUAGUAGUGCUUAAGAAAAAUUGAUUCAGUAUCUAAUGGAUAGUUGAUACCUGUCACAACACAGCAUUUUAUAUACUGUUAAGUGAAACUGCAAUACAAUCUAAGUUUAUUUUGGGACUGUUUGCUGUAUAAUUGGAUUUAAUAAAAUGUUUAGAGAUGCAGUACAGUAGGCAUGACUUUGAGUAGAUAAUGAAAGAAAAUGCAAAAUGCUCAUUGAUUCAUGAUGUGGUUUCAUCCUAGCUUGGGCAAACCAUGCAGUAUUUAAUAAAUAGUAGCAGAAUAUUUACCAUUGAAGCUUGAAAAGAUGUGAGUUCUUUGUGUGCAAUUUUUCAUUUAUGCAUGUGAGAGGGUUUGUUUUGUUUUGUUUUUAAGUAUUUUUACAUUGUAGUACUUGUUUUGCUUGUUGGUGGUGUUUGCUUAUUUAAUACAUUCCGUCAGGGACAGAAAUUACAUGCUUGUUUUCCUAGGAAGUGCGUCUUGGGUUUUUCCUUCCUUUAUUUUAUUUUAUUUUAUUUUAUUUUUUUUGGUGGUGGUGGUGGUGAUGUUUAAAUGAAGUUGCUUUUACAGCACCAAAGACUUAAUCAUCCAUUUCCUAUAUAAAAGGUAGCUACUUUUUGCAUAGACCUCAAGUAUAUUGUAGUGUAGAGGUGGAAUUUAAAGGAAGGUAUUAAGCAGGCUGUGUUUUAGCUUAUGGGCAAAUAAUAAAUUGUAUCAUUUAUCUUGAAUGUAUCAUAGAUAAGCUGCUAUAUAACGAUUGCCACUUCAGAUAGCUGUGAAAUUAGGUGAUUAACUAGUUGUUAUUUAGCCUUCUAAUUUCUGUAUAAGUCUAAUUACAUGAAAUAGAAGUUGGGGUUUUGAUUUUUUACUUUGCUUUUCUGUUUGGAGUGUCAUUGUAACUACUGUAUUGUAAAUGAUGGAAAAAAAUUGCAUAUGUUAUUUUGGGGUGUGUUAUUUGCAUCAGUAUUUUAUCUCUAUUAAUGUUUGUGCUCAUCACUGCAUAUAAAAAAACUGGGAUGUAUCAAUGUAACUUAAUUUUUAAUUUUCAUACUGGCAUUGUAGACACUUGAGAAAGCUGUAUCUUGCAGGCUUGACUUAACUUUUUUUCCUUAAAAAUCUGGAAUAUAAUCUUAUAGCAUUUACUGGAAUAAACAGUACAAAGCAUUUGAGUGUAAAACUCCAACUGUUUUGGAUUUACAGCAUUUCUUUGAUAAAUGAAUUGCAUACCACUAGUACAGAUCUAGUACAGCGUUGACAAUAAGCUAAUAAUGGAUAAACUUUUCUUUACUCCAUUAAUACAAGCAGUGUUUUAUUUAAUAAUCAUCAAUGAAAUAAAUGUGCCUGAAAUUAAUUUUAAAAAUUACAGUAUUAGAUCAUAAGAUAAAAACCAGCAGUACAUUUUUAGUCACACUGAAAAUGAAGGACUUAAUUUUCCCCACAAGUUUCAGUGUUUUUAGUAAUCAAUUCUAUGCAUUUUAUAUAAAUAGAAAUAUAUAUAUAUAUUACACAUAAAAAGGAGUAGCCUAAGAUUAAUUUAAAAGAUUAUUUACAGAUGGCAAAUUUAUGGAGUCACUAUUUAAGUAAACUUGCUGCCCUCCACAGCCUUCUAAUUUUAUUUAUCUGUUCCAGCAGUUUACUGGUAUCUGCUCACUUUUUGGAGAAGAAUCAAUGCUGGCAGCGGAUGUUUCAGAAACACCAAGUGCAAAGGAUUGAUUGAUGUUUGUACCAGGUACAAAACUGGUGCAGUUUUCUUUCUGUUCAGGGCCAUGUUCACUACCCUGAAACAUCGUAUUUUCUGUAUUUCUGUUCCAAGACUGAGAUGUCUUGUUAAAUUGAUGGUGAAUGAUAAACUUCAGUGUUUUCAUAAUAUAAUAGUCCUGUUUGAUAAAGGCGUACCCAAGUUAAGUACACUGUUCUUAACUGAUUCUAAUCAUGUGCUUUUUAUGUGUUUAAGAAGAUAAAAAAAGAUCCAAGAUCCUGCUAAAGUCUAAAUUUAGCAUACUGACAAAAGAGUUUGUACUCUCUUUAAAACCAUUUUUACCAGUUUUCUUUGGUUUUACUGCUUUCUUAAAUAAAACACUGCAUGACUUCCAAGUUGCGUAUUUGCAUACUACUUUAAUUUACAAAUUAUUUUUAAAUCAAAUAUCUUGAUAUUUCAUUUCUUUUCCUUCAGGGUGUUUAAAUAUGUUACUGUAGUAGCAAAACUUUUUCAUUUUAAAAAUCUCUACUACUAAUUUUAAAGUUGAUUUGUGUUAAGUAAAAGUUAAAUCAUACACUGCAAGGUGUAGGAAGAUUUGUUUUAAAGAACCCAAUGAUAUAGAUUUGAUUACUAAGUUUGAACUGUUAACUUUAACAGUUUUAGACUUGUGGCUUUCUUUCUUUGGUUUGUUUUUGCUUUUACUUCUAUGCUACACUAGUUUGCCAUGUAGCAAUUGCACUGUGCAAUAUUACAAUAAGGACUGGGAAAAUUUUUAUGGAUGUAAUGUCUAUUACGGUUUGCGAUAGUAUUUCUCUCUAGUUCUCAGUGAUUUAAAUGUGACCAAGCCUUCUGUACUUUGUCACAAAAAGCGGGUUUUCCAGGUGACUAUUUUGGUGAGUGUCAAAAUAAGAAUUUAUGGUGUAUUACUGUCGAUUCACUUUGAAUUAAAAUAUAUAUAUUGCAGCAAA